AUGGAGCUGAAAUACAUCCUUCUCUUCACAGCCAUCUAUAUCGUAUUCCGCGUCCUCAAGAGUCGUGCCUCUGACCCCGCUGCCACCAUGCCCCACGGAAAAGUCGUCGAGGUUGACAACCCUGUCAUCUUCAAGGCCCUCACCUCCUCCGGUCCCGUCGUUGUCGACUUCUUCGCAACCUGGUGCGGUCCCUGCAAGGCCGUCGCCCCCGUCGUCGGAAAGCUCAGCGAAACCUACACCAACGUGCGCUUCAUCCAGGUCGAUGUCGACAAGAACCGUCAGGUCGCGCAAGAGAUGAACGUGCGGGCCAUGCCGACGUUCAUUGUGUUCAAGGACGGCCAGCCACACGGAGACCCAAUUGUAGGCGGUGACAUGAAGGCCCUGGAGGCUAGAAUCAAGGAAGUCGCGGCAUAG